GGAUCAUGUGCAUAUUUCUCUUGUUUAGACUUUGAAUAAGGAGAAUCUUUACUCAUUAAUCCUUUCCUAUAUAUAUAUGCUUGACUAAUACCUCUUUUUUACUCAACAAGCAUUAUAUAUAUGUUUGUCAUCAAAAAAAUAUUAACAAAAUAUGGAUUCAUCAAGCAAAUUGUUCCAAAUUUCUAGAGAGUUAUCAGUAGGACAUUCUUCAAGAAUUUAUUAUUAUAGAAGAGGUGAAGGGGUUCCAUUUGAAUGGGAAAAGCAGCCUGGAACCCCUAAAAUUAAUCCAACAAAAGAAAAUGUCAAUAUACCACUUAGCCCUCCACCUUCAUUUCAAAGCUUAGGGCUUACUAAACCUUGUUUUGAUGAUCAUGAUGAAUCAAAACAUUUCAAGGUUUGGCUUACAAACAAGAUGAAGAAAUUGCAUUCAUCAAAAAGAUUUGUGAAAUCGCGCGAUGGAGACGAUUCGUUUAACAACUCUAGUUCAUCUUCAUUUGAUUCAAACACUAAAGAGAGGGAUAAAUUUUCAAGGGAUUUAAUGGAGGAUUCAUAUUGUUGCAAUCUCACAUCAAUGGAUAAAGAGGAGGGCUAUAGAAAAAUGCACAAGAGAGAAGAAAAUGGUGAAAGAUUAUUUGUUGAGAGAAUAGUUUCAAGAAUGUCAUCAGUAGACCAAUCUUACUAUAGAAGCACAGUAGAAGGAAUUCCCUUCAAAUGGGAAAUGCAGCCAGGUACUCCUAUGGCUAUACAUACACCACAAAAUGAAGUCAUUCCACCACCUAGCCCUCCACCAAUGAUACAAAGUUUGGCAUUCCCUAAACCUUGUAUUCCUCAUCAUGAUCAAGACAAUACACCUUCUAAUACUUGGGAGAAAAUCAAGAGAAUGAUCAAAAGUAGUCAUCAAGCAGGGCGCCGUGAUUCAGUUCUAUCUUCUUCUAUCUUGAAAAAGAAAGUGCUACCCUUGUCUAAACUUACAAAAGACGUCUUGGGGAGAAAAUUUUGUUUCAAUCCAUGGAAGAUUAAAGCAAAUCUUGCGUCUUGACGCAUAUGAAUUACAUUAUGGACUUCUUACUAAAGAGUUAUGCGCACAUAUAUAAGCCAACAAUAGUAUGAAUGGGACAAGAACGUGAUGAAAAGUUAUAUGUUUAACAUAUACAAGUUGAAUUUGUGUAUUGUUUCAUCGAUGUUUAUUAUAUACCUCAUGUGGAAUUUGGCGAUCGUGAUCGUGUUAAUUUGAUGCAUGGUAUACUACAUGGUGGAGAAAUGGUAUUAAUAAUACUUGAUAAUUUAGAAGAAA